CAAGCGUCAGUUUGGCCAAAGGACGCCAAAGCACAACAGCCAAGAUGAGCGGUGGUGGUUUGGAUGAGUUGUUGACGUACGAGAGUGACUCGGAGGAAGAGGAGGAUGUGGUGGGUCACAGGGGAGGAGGGGGAAGGGGAUCGCAUGGGUAUCAUGGCUACUACGACCCCGCUUACGUGGCUCAACUCGAGCAGGCUUACCAGCAAACGCUCAAGCGCCAGGCCAGGGUGGAGCGUGAUUUGGAAGAACUGCGAAUCCGGUAUGAUGCCGAUGUGCAGCAUCUGACAGGCAAACAGGAAUCACCAACACGGCGUGGACGUCAUUCCUUUCAGCAGAACGGUGCAUCGCCCAGCGCCUCCUUGCGUCGAGACAGUGGCCACCAACGCUCCUCUGCACCAACCACGCCGCACUCUCAGCCACGCCAACGGCACCAACCGCAGCAGCAGGGCUGGCGCGAAGAAGGAGAAGAGGACCAACAAAACGAAGAAGGAGACGCACCCGUCUCGGAAUCCGUCCUGACACAGCUCAGAGACGCCCAGUACAAAAACGCCGUCAUGCAAUCUCGGCAGGGCGCAAUGCAGGACGAGGUUGAUGAGCUGACCCGCACCGUCAAGGCCAUGCAGCACGACGUGCAAGCGCUGGAAGAAGAGAACCAGCGCCUGCGUGCGGAGCGCAAGCGCAACGUGGAGGAGAUUCAAACUGCACGGCGCGAGUUGGAGCGGCUCAUCGCUGCGCACAAAGACCUCAACAGCAAACACAGCCAGGCGCUGGCAGACCUCAAGGCGGCAAGGCAGGCCGCGCAACAGAGCAAAGACCAGCUGCUGGCUGAGCGGGAGGACAUGGAGAGGGAGCGGGCAGCCAUGCAGAAGGAGCAUGAGGAGCGAACAGCGGCCCUGCGUGACGCACAGGCCAAGCUGGACGUCGAGCGACGGCAGACGCACCUCAUGUUUGAGGAUCUGCGGUCGCGACAGCACAUGUUGGGGCCAGAUGGCCACUUUGCCCCAUAUGAGCUCGACAGCUUUCCCGAGACUGGCAAGUAUGGCUUUGGGCCGACGCAGCAGCGGCAGCGGCAGCGGCACGGUGAUGGUGGUCGUGAUGGUGGUCGUGAUGGUGGUCGUGAUCACGAUCAUCGUACUCAUCAUGGUGAGGAGCAUGAGGAUGAUGACGAUGACGAUGACGACCACGAAGUGUACGAGGCGGAAGCGACGUUGCGUUCAAACGACCCUGAUGCAUAUGGACAACGCCCAAUGGUGCUGGAGAUUGAACGGAUGGGCGACGUGGACAGCAAGGUUGAUCUUGUGGACUGUCAGCGGCGGGCAGAGGACAUGGCGUCGCAGGCGUUUGACAUUGCACGCCAGUACGAACGCACGCAGCACGUGCUGCAGACCGCACACGGGGCAAUCACGCGCCACUUGGUGCAGGAGCUGAUGGGGUUGGAGGAGGAGCACACGCGGCUGCGCCUCGCCCAUAGCGCCCUCGCCGGUGUGUAUGACAGGCUGGCCCAGCGGGUGAGCAGGGAGAACCCCGACCUUUCCUCUGCCGUCUGGCCGCUGCCAAGCCUGCAUGCAUUGCCAACCCCAAGCCCAAGGUACAUGGCACUGCGAGAACAACACGUCAGACAACAACAACAACAACAACAACAACAACAACAACAACAACAACAGAAGAAGAAGAAGAAGAAGAAAAAGAAGAGCAAGCAACAGCAACAACAACAGCAACAACAACAGCAGCAGCAGCAGAAAGGGGAGCGGCAUGGACGUGGUGAUGAGGAUGCGCAUGAUGUUGAAGAUUGGGAAAAGGCAGAGAGGCAGGAGGGCCAUGAUGAUGAUGGUGAUGGCAUGACAGAAGCCGAGGAACAACACACCGGCGUAUCUCCCCACCACCAUCAAGUGGAAGAGGACGAUGACGAUGUGGACGAUGAGGAAGGUACUGAACAGGGAAAGCAAGCAGAACGCACGGCAACGACAACAGCAACAUCCCAGUCAUCAGAAUCAACAGCAGCACAGCACGCGAUCAUGUCGCCUUCCACGCCAAUAGCACAGGUGCUGCCCCACCCACAUGCACAGCAGCAGCACCACCACCAACAACAACAGCAGCAGCAGCAGCAACGGCGUCAGCUGUCGGCAUCUGUGCCUGCGAAGGGCACGGCGAGUGGGCGGGAGCGCAGCCGCGAUCGUGGUGGGCGUGGCAGCGCAAACGUGAGCUUUGGGGCGUUUGACACCGUGUAUGAGAUCAGCCCCGCACAACAACCCGGUAUGUUUGCAGGUCUUCCACCACGGCCCGCACGCCACGUGUCUUCGAAAUCAUCGCAGCUGUCCCCGAAUGUGCGGGCAGGCGACACUGCGGGCGUGGUGGGAGAGCGGCAAUAUGGGACUGGUGGUGGCAUGCUGUCAUUCUCGCCAGAUCGCAGACACAGUGACGAGGAGGAGGAGCAUGAUGAUGGCAGCGUGGGUGGUGAAAGAGUGAGGCUGGGCGCAGCAAAACAACAACAACAACAACAACAACAACAACAACAACAGCCACCGCCUCGCAUUCGCGUUGUUGCGCCGGAUCAGCACGACGAUGGUGGUGAUGAUUCUGAAGAUGACGAUGGCGAGGAGGAGAUUGAAGAAGACAUUGUCACGGACAGCGAUGGAGAGCAGAAUGAAGCAAGCAAGCAGAAGAAACGCGAAAAGAAUGCUGCUGGCGGCGGUGGCGCCGAAGCAUUGCGUGGUGCCAUGCGCACACCCCAGCGCGAGACAAGUGCUGACGUCAAUGACGACAAUGACAGCUGGGGUGAUUCGAGUAACGAUGGUGAGGCACGCCAUGCUAAAAGCAAUGUCAGCGGUGCACUCGGGCAGCAACAACUACAGCAGCAACAACGGCAACAGCAAGUGCCGGGGAGAAUUCGCCUUGCGCAGAACUCCCCCGGUGACACCAACGCAGACGCACGCCCCCAGCGUGUGCGAGGGGCGUUGCGCGACACCUACAUGUUGAGCGGGUCCCUACCACGCCGACAGGAAGAAGAAAGGGAGGCAGAAGAACGCCGGUUUGCGUUUGCACGUGCGCCACACGCUCGCGUACGUGCUCGACCGUCCACACGCGUGUCCACGGCAGGGGCAGUGGAGGCUGUUGCUCGCGCGCGAUCGCAGUCACUGGCGCGUCUGGAACAGCAACGCCGCGCGCUGCGUGGCGUGGUGGCGGAGUCCUUUGAGCGGUCAUCACUCACAUCGGCGUCCAUCCACUCUGCAGCGACAGCCACGCCCUCAACGUCCUUCUUUGAAGACAGCGUGCUGGCGUCCUCCCGCUACACGCACGCAUCUUCGCUGACAUCGUCGUUUGGCGACGAGCCGCGCUCGUUUGCCCCACAGCAGCGCUUCCACCAACACCAGCACCAGCACCGGCACCCCGCCAGCCCUGACGCCCUGUCGACAUCGUGGCGCGCGCGUGGCCUGGAGUGCUCCCCGCUCACCACCAGCGUGGAGGAGAGUGCACGACGAGCGCGCCGCACACGCACACGUGUACGUGGUGGCACACGUGGCGAUGUUGGUGAUGAUGAUGGUGGUGAUGUCGAUAAUGGUGGGAGUUUUCUAUUUGGGACGCAAGGGUCGAGGGUGCGACGGGCACCAAAGGCUGGGCGGCGCGCUGAUGCUGGUGGUCAUGAUGGUGGUCAUGAUGGUGGUGGUCGUCGUCGUCAUCGUGAUAAUCGUGGUGGGCUGGAGACUGGAGAUGUAAGCGCCAUCCUGAGCAGUGAUGACGAGGCAGAAAGGGACGAGAGGCAACGGGGGCGAAAACUUGUUGCUGGUGGUGGCAAGCAGAGUGGCAGUGAUGAUGCUUUUGAGAAUGAUGGCACUGAUGCCGAAAGCGACGAAUUGGAUGGCGACUCGACGUAUGAUGUCAUCAACACUGGCGGUGGAGGUGCGAAUGGACAUGGAGAUGGGGAUGGUCGUGACGCUGACGACUCAGAGGCAUCAGCACUGACCACGAGCACGCCUGUGCGGUCCAACCCUGAUCGCCGCAGGCGUCGCCCAGCCAAUUCGGAGAGCGCGCAGCGCACACGCCAGCGGCAACGAACGCAGGACAAGCAGCAGCAGUGCAACGGACGACGACAUGAUGAUGUGGAUGACGAUGAUGAUGAUGGUGAUGAUGAUGCUGAUGACGAUGAGUGUGAGGAUGAGUGGAGCAGCGAGGGCGAGGGCAAUGGUGGUGGAGAUUGGAGUGCGUGGGAUACGACAGUGGAUGCGGAUGAAUCUGUAUCUGUCCUGGAUCUGUCACAGCAGGUGGACGACGCGACAAAGGCUGCACGCGCCAUCCAUGACCGUGCACAAAAAUUGGCCACAGAAUGA